AUGCAGGGGGUCUCCGGCACUACGGAUGCACUGGCGUCUGCCACUGACGCGCUGUCGACCGGCUGGGCUGCCAUGUUCAGCUCGUCACCCAUGCCCGAGCAGCAGCAGCAGCAGCAGCAGCAGCCGCAGCCGCAGCAGCCAUUGGCACCAGCCUCUGUAUUGGCCGCCUCUGACGCAUCAGCGGGCAGCAUCGACCCCCUUGGCAGCGGCGCAGGCGAAAGUGGCUCGGCCGCCCCUGGAAAGAAACUGGUCAAGAAAAAGCUUGUGAGGAAGAUCAUCAGGAAGCCGUCCGACAUGGCGGAUGGCUCAGCUGCUGCAGGUGGCCUUGGCAGCCCGGCAGAGAGCAUCGGGCUCUCAUCCCCGCAUCGGGACGCUCCGCUACCGCCGGCGCCAUUGGCAGCCAGCAAACAGCAGCAGCAGCAGCAGGAGCAGGAGCAGGAGCAGCAGAAGGCGCAGCAGCCGAUGGACGCGGAGAUUUUCAACAGCAAGUUUCUCAGCAAAGACUACGCUUUGGGUGACACUGCUGCCGUGGAAAUCGCUGCCGCCAGCAUGGCCAGAAGUGGCACAGUAGCACGCGAAGCAGCAGGGGAUAGAUCAGGAGCAGCCGCGACCGCAACAGAGGUGUUGGAUGGUGCUAGCCCCGCGAAGGGCGCCAACGGCCUGCCGCAGCAGCAAGAGGCUCUGACACUGCCACCACAGGCAGGCGAGCAGCAACAGCAGCAGCACCAGCAAGCGGGGCUGGGUGCAUCCGAGGAGAUGCAGCAUCAGAGCGACGAGCAGCAGCUUGAUCCCGAGCUGUUUGUUGGGCGUCACGCAGAGCCAGGGCAGCCAGCACGGCAACUAAAGCUUGGAGCAACACGGCACGCCGGAGCGGGGCGCGACGGCGAGGCGCUGCCUUCAGGCUUGGAAGCGGCAGACGCGCUAGCUGGGGGCAUCAACCGGGUCCAUGCGGAACCCGCUGGCUUGCCGGCCAGCCUGUUUGCGAUCGCAGAUGCGCCGCAGGCAAGGAUCAUGCCAGCUGAUGGCACGGCUGGUGCGGGGCCGCCCCCACCGCCGGAGCAGCAGGAGGAGCUGCAGGAGCAGGAGCAGCAGCAGCAGCAGCUUCCCGUUGCAGCAGGGCCUGGUGAGGUUGCGGCUGGCUCUUCGCAUGACGGCCACCAGCUGGGGGAGCGACAGCAAACGCCAGCUAAGCAGCAGCCAGAGGGGUUGCACCAUCAGUGUAUGCAGGAUCAGCGCAAGCAGCAGCAUCAGCAGGCGCGGCAGCAGCAGCAUCAGCAGCCCACUGACGAGCAAGCAGUCAGUGACUGGCAUGGAUUGGCUGAGGGGUCGGGCAGCAGCCAAGCGGUUGCAUCUGCUGCGCAGGAGUCACCUGGCUUUGCUCCGGCGGCAGCGGCGGCGCUUGAGAGAUUGCAUGUGGAGUCAGGCAAUCUGCAGCACGGCUUGCAGGCGCAGGGACAGCAGCCAUGCGGGCCCCCGCUGGGACAGCAGCAACACCAGCAGCGCGAGGAGCAGCAGUCAGGCUCUCCGCGACAGCAGCAGCAGCAGCAGCAGCGCCAGCGCCCGGCGUCGGACCCCAGCGGCCUCCGCCAGGCGGUCGAGGCGCGCGAGGGGCAGCUGGUGCGCCAGGCCGCGCAGCUAGCCGCGCAGCAGCUGGAGGUGGAGCAGCUGCGCCAUGAGAGGGACGAACUGUCCGCCAGGCUGGCCGCGCAGGAGGAGAUUGUCGUCCAGCUCAGCCGCAAGAACGAGCAGCUGGUGCUGCGCAGCGCCAAGGUGUCAGAAGAGGAGAUGGCGGCGGUGCAGGCCGAGUUCCAGGCGCGCAUCGCCGCGCUCGAGAAGAAGGCGAGCAUGCUGACUAAGGAGCGGGACGCCUUGAAGCAGAGCGGCCGCGCCAGCAGCGCCAGUGAGGCCGCCCUCAAGGCCAAGGACGACCUGGCGCAGGAGCUGAUGGCGGAGGGCGAGAAGCUGAGCAAGCGGGUGCUGGAUCUAGAGGGCCAGGUCAAGAGGGCCAGGGCACACCUGCGGGAGGAGUCUGCUGAGAAGGAGAAGCUGGCCGCGCAGCUGGCGGCGGAGCAGGCAGAGUGCGAGGCGCAGCGGCGCGCGCGCGCGGCGGCGGAGCGCGACCUGGCGGCUGCGAUGGAGGCCGCGCGGCAGGAGCUGGAAGCUGCCCAGAAGCAGGCUGAGGCGGAUCUGCAGAAGGCGCGGUCGGAGCAGAUGGAGGCCGAGGCACUCGCCAGGGAGGCGGCCCAGAAGGGCGCCGCCAAGCGCGCCCAGCAGGCGGAGGCGCAUGCGGCGGCGCUGGUGGAGACCGUGCAGGAGCUGCGUGAGGCGCUGGAGCGCCAGAGGGCGGCGGCAAACCUGCGGGAGGAGAUGAUGAAGCAGGUGGGGGUGGCUGGGGGUGGCUGGGGGUGGCUGGUGGGUGGGUGCGGGACUUGGCCGACAUGGAGCGCCGCUGCCAGGCGGCAGAAGAGCGCCACCACGACCUGA